UACACUUUCGUACGAGCCACGUGCAAGACGUGUCCGUUGAAAGCCAUGGAGCAAUAGCCGCUCUAUGAAUGUCCGUGGCGUUGUGAAUAGACCAGCGGCUGGCUCAGCGGUUCCCGCGACUCAAGACAGGGAGACGCUGCUCUUCACGGGCGCCUGCUGCAAUCCGCCUGACGAGAACAUCAGAAGAUUCGUGCCGCGCUGAUGCUCUCUUGCCGCUCGAAGACACCGUUCCUGCCCAGCGAAAGAUGACGGUAGGUUGACGGAUCUGUCGAAAUUCUUGAUCGCUCGAUGGGAAGAGCGCGGCGUGAAAAGAGAAAGUGAACGAGUCUAGCUCAGAUUAGAAAUGGGAAUUCAAGCCUCUGCUUCUCGAGAAACGGCAUAGAAGGGAGCGUCCACUUGUAGCCCGUCAACCAGAUGAUCAGAGCUCACAACGACGACAACGAAAGGAACCAGCAUGUCCUCCCCGCUAACGCAGCUACGCAAGGGCCAAUGGUUGCCACCGCGAGACCCGCGGACACUGGACUGGAAGCUUGCCGGCAAUGUGCCGUUCAUCACGACGGUAAUUCUUUUUUACAUCUACGUCGUCAAGUUCGUCGGGCCACGCUUCAUGAAGGGGAGAGAGCCUUUCAAAUGCUUGCGGCCUCUAAUUAUGGUACACAACGCGGCCAUGAUCGUAGUGAACGUGUACUUCUUGUUCGCCAUCGGAUCCCGUACUCACUUCGGCGGCGGUGCCAGCUUCUUCUGUCAGGGGCUGGACCUCAGCGGUUCCGCGAACAGCAUCGAGGUAGCGGAUAUUCUCUGGUGGUACCUGAUGGUGCGCAUCGUGGACUUUUUGGACACGGUGUUCUUCGUACUCCGCAAGAAGGACUCGCACGUGUCUGUGCUGCACGUGGGGCACCACGUCAUGGUCGUAUUCACCGGCUGGUUCGGCAUCACCUACGGCCCUGACGGCCAGGCCGUGCUCAUGGUUCACGUGAACACAUUUGUGCACGUCGUGAUGUACACCUACUACUUCCUGACGCUGCUGGGCCCACGCUUCCAGCGCUACCUCUGGUGGAAGCGCUACUUGACUCAGCUGCAGAUCGCCCAGUUCAUAUUCAUGCUGGUGCAUGCGCCAAUACCUUUGUUCGUCGACUGCGGCUAUCCUCUGGCACACGUGCUUGUCAUCAUGAGUCAAGUGGCCUUCUACUUUGUCAUGUUUGUGCGCUUUUACAUGCAGGCCUACCGGAAACGUGCGAAGGCUGCCUGAGUGACUUCCUCCAGUUCUUUCGUGCACGCUGUGACCGGUACCUCCACUACAGCUACCUCCGUUCUCCUUUCAUUCCUUGAGUUUAUUUUUGUGUGUCCCGGUACCUUUCGACAUCGCUGUGUGCGUGUUGGUCUUUGUGAGCUCGGACAUGGACCUGUGGGACAUUGCAACAGACCCGACUGAAAGUGCCGC